CUGCAAUAGAGCCACACUGCUGUUCUUUGGGGCAAAGCAAAUCAUAUUUGAGUUGUAUUUCUGUCAAGCUCUUAUUACAAGACAGAAGUCAAAAUUCACUGGAAAGAAAUGGCAGAAUCAGCAGUGAAUCGGUUUGUGGAUCAGUUCAGCUGUCCAGUCUGUUUGGAUGGACUGAAGGAGCCGGUGACGAUUCCCUGUGGACACAGUUACUGUAUGAGCUGCAUUACUGACUGCUGGGGCCAGAAGGAGCAGGGGCCGCCGUACCGCUGUCCCCAAUGCAGAGAGAGCUUCAGUCAGAGACCUCUACUGAAGAAGAACACUCUGAUAGCUGAGAUGAUGGAGACGCUGCAGCAGACAGCCCUACAAACGGCUGCUGUGGACUGUGAUGUUUGCACUACAGAGAAGAGCAGAGCUGUAAAGUCCUGUCUGCAGUGCUUGGCCUCCUUCUGUCAAACUCACCUGCAGCCUCACUAUCAAUCUCCAGCGUUUAUGCAGCACAAACUAGUCAAAGCCUCCAGAAACAUUCAGGAGAACAUCUGCCUCAGUCAUGGGAAAAUUCUGGAGAUAUACUGUCAGGACGACUGUCAGAGCAUUUGUUGUUUGUGUACUGAUAAUCAUAAAGGACACAGUGUUGUGUCUGUGGAUUCAGAAUUGACUAGGAAAAAGGAAGAGUUAAAGGAGACAAAGGAGUUGUGUCAAAAGCUGAUCCAGGAGCGAGAGAGAGGUCAGCGGCAACUCAGUGAAGCUCUGAAGCUUCUUACAAGUUCAGCACUAGAGACCAUGGAUGACUUUGAGAAGGUCUUCACUGAGCUCAUCUGCUCUCUUGAGAAGAAACGCUCUGAGAUUAAAGAGCAGAUCAGAGCUCAGGAGAAGACUGAGAUAGAUCGAGCAGAGGAACUUCACAGACAUCUGGAUCAAGAGCUGACAGAACUCAGAAAAAGACAAACCAAGAUCGAAAAGCUUAUGAUUACUGAUGAUCAGAUCCAUUAUCUGAAGAGCGGUCAGUCUGCGUGUGCUUUACCCACGUUUGAAAACGUUCCCAUGACUCAACACACUCUGUUUUUUAAAGACAUUUCAAUCUCAAUGUUUAAAGAGGUUUUGGAGGAUGUCUUUCAACAACAAACAGCAAGAAUAUCCAGAGAAGUGUCGAAUGUCUAUGUUACAAACCCUCCAGAACCAAAAACCCAAAAUGAUUUUUUGCAGUAUUUCUUUGAUCUUCACUUGGAUCUGAACACUGCACACAAUAACCUCAAACUGUCAGAAGACAACAGGAAAGUAUUAUCUUCAGAUAAAGCUCAGCAAUAUCCUGAUCAACCAGAGCGAUUUAAUGAGCGUCCCUAUAUCUUGUCUAGAGACGGUUUGUACGGUCGCUUCUACUGGGAGGUCAAGUGCAGUGGGGAUGAAUGGGCUGUAGGAGUUUGUUACAGUGGAAUUAGACGUAAAGGAAGCACUGUUGACUGUGCACUUGGCUUCAACAAAAUGUCAUGGAGACUGGGUUAUUAUCUGCAGAAUUUCAGUUUCAUUCAUGCACAAGAAAAAGUCCCAAUCCCUGUUGCCUCUAGAGUAGGAGUGUAUCUGGAUCACAGAGCAGGAACUCUGUCCUUCUACAGCGUCUCUGACACAAUGACUCUCCUUCACAGAGUCCAGACCACUUUCACUGAACCCUUAUACCCUGCGUUUAAGGCUGGAUGUGGUUCAUCUGUCAGGAUCAUAGAGCUGAAAAAAGACCAAGCAUCCACCUUAUUUUGCAACGUGGACGAAAGCUGUCUUUAUGAACGUGUGAGAUUCCUCUUGAUUUAACAGAAUUGAUACCAUAAAUUAACUGAACUAUUCAUAAAUGCAAGAGGUCAUUAUGUUCGAGUGUAGCGCAGGGUAAAUUUCCACCACU